AUGGCACCAAGCGCGACAACACUCGUGUCCGAAUCAAAGGACAACGCCAGCGUAGGAGCACUAGGCAAGACCAACAAGUCUGGCAAACCUUUGAAGAUUCGCUCGUACCCGAAGUUCGAGUCUCUGGAAGAAGAGAGGCUGUAUAGAAAACAACAUCUGGCCGCUGCGUAUCGUGUAUUCGCCGAGAGAGGCUUUGACGAAGGCGUAGCUGGUCAUAUUUCUGUCCGGGACCCAAUCUUGACUGACCACUUCUGGCUGAAUCCUCUGUCGAAGCACUUCUCUCAGAUUUGCGUGUCGGAUCUGAUUCUCGUCAAUGAAGAUGGUGAUAUUGUGAUUGGGGAGGAACCGAUCAAUGCGGCCGCCUUCGCAAUCCACUCUGAAAUCCACAAAGCUAGGCCGGAUGUCGAUGCAGCGUGCCACGCACACAGCGUCUAUGGAAAGGCCUUCAGCGUCUUCGGCAGAGAGCUCGACAUGAUCACGCAGGAUAGCUUGCGGUUCUACAAGAACCAUGCUGUUUAUCCCCAAUUCGGAGGCGUUGUCCUGGACCGCGAGGAGGGCAAGCGCAUCGCAGAACACCUCGGAGAGGGGAAGGCCAUCAUCUUGCAGAAUCAUGGACUACUCACCGUCGGUAAAACGAUUGAUGCGGCUGCCUUCUGGUUCUUGUCACUGGAUAAGACGUGCCAUGCCCAGCUGUUGGUAGAUGCGGCUGCCCAAGGUAGUGGCCACAAGAAGACGUUCAUUCCGGAAGAGGAAGCGACGUACAGCUAUUCGCAAGUUGGAACUCCAGAGAAGGGGUGGCUCGCUUUCCAGCCUUACUAUGACGAUAUUCUGGCCAAGACGAACGGUCAUUUCUUGAAGUAG